AUGUCUGGAUAUUCGGACCUCACGUCUCUGUCCCUCCAUCCAGAAAGAAGCAAGGCCACAGCCGUGGCCCUGGGCAAUUUCCCUGCAGGUGGGCAGGCUGAGCUGUCGCUAAGACUGGGGGAGCCGCUGACCAUCGUCUCUGAGGGCGGAGACUGGUGGACGGUGCUGUCGGAAGUCUCAGGCAGAGAGUACAACAUCCCCAGCGUCCACGUGGCCAAAGUCUCCCACGGGUGGCUGUAUGAGGGCCUGAGCCGGGAGAAAGCCGAGGAACUGCUGCUGUUACCGGGGAACCCUGGAGGGGCCUUCCUCAUCCGAGAGAGCCAGACCAGGAGAGGCUGUUACUCGCUGUCCGUCCGACUCAGCCGCCCCGCAUCCUGGGACCGGAUCAGACACUACAGGAUCCAGCGUCUUGACAAUGGCUGGCUGUACAUUUCACCUCGCCUCACCUUUCCCUCCCUCCAGGCUCUGGUGGACCAUUACUCUGAGCUGGCGGAUGACAUCUGCUGCCUCCUCAAGGAGCCCUGUGUCCUGCAGAGGGCUGGCCCACUCCCUGGCAAGGAAAUACCCCUACCUGUGACUGUGCAGACACCACCACUCAACUGGAAAGAGCUGGACAGCUCCUUCCUGUUUUCUGAAGCGUCUGCCACAGGGGCGGCAUCUCUUCUCAGUGAGGGUCUUCGGGAAUCCCUCAGCUCCUACAUCAGCCUGACUGAGGAUACGUCUUUGGACGAUGUCAAGGCCCAAAGCACAGGCCGAAAGGGAAACCAAGGCUGCAGCACCUGGAACCCCAACUCAGCUCAACCCGACUGAGCAUCCCAGAGACAAGGCUGUGCAGAGGGAGGGAGGCCUGGGACACACAGGUGCAUCCAGUGUCCCACCUAGACCCUCUGCUCUUUCUUCUCUUGGCUCUAAGAAGUCACUUACCUCCUUCCAGUGCCAUGACGCCACCUGCAACCUCUAGUCUGAAUGCAGACAGUUGAGAACAGGACCAGGGCUCCAAAAAGACUAAACCUCCUCUGGGGUCUAACCUGGUCAGCCCCUGAGUUUGGGGCUCCCAGCACCGUCUUCAUCCCCUGCCUGUUGAGUCCCAUUCUAUAUCCCUCUGUUGACCAGCCCCACCCACAAGGUAGAGACAACUCCUAACAUCGAAGAGGAAAAAAUCAUUUUAAGAAAAUUGAUAAGUCUCACCCACCUUAGAAGGUAGGACUGUGGCCUAGAAGGAAAGUAGAGGGGACAGAUGGCUUACCACAACAGCAGAUCCUGGGUUGUCCAACCUCCACCUGACCCCUAGAGCAAAGAGAAGGACCUCUGAUAGUCCAGGUCUUCAAAUGUUCCCCAUCAAGCCCUUUCUCUGGACAGCCACAGCUCUCAGAUCUCUAUUUCAUAUUGUGGCUCAUCAUUCAGACCUGGCCAAGCUUUCCCAGCCAUGCUGGCCUUGCCACCUUGUGGCCAAAUGCAAAAUGACACCUCCUAAGCCUAGCACACUGCAGUGAGGCCAGUCACCUAUCCCAGUGCUGGCCAGGGGCACCAGAAGGUGGUAAGCCUUCUUUCCACAAUGCCAAGAGCAAGGCCACAGCCUGCACCAACU